UUGUUGAGAUUCAAUUGGCACAUGCGCAUUUGCGCCGUCUAGAGCUACAGCUAUGAACAAACUGUUGGGAGAAUGUAUUAACGUUUACUGACAAAGGAUGGAUUUCAGCAAACAAAGAAAGGCACGCAACUACAGACAACAAACAUAGGUUUACGAUGUUUCAGAGUCCACAAUGACCGCAGGUCCAGAACACCGCUCCGUGUUUGAGUACUGUCUUCAAGAGUCUGCUCUACAGGAGGUCAGAGAAGUUACCAGUGUUCAUGAGCCUCCUGUACACACCAAGAAUCCAUCACACAGUCAUGGAGUGACUGUGUGCCCCAAGGAGGAUCUCCAGGAUGAUAAACAGCCAGAGAGCAGCCUGGGUAGAGAUGUGUCUGACAGGAUGGUGUGCUCGGCCUGCCAGUGCCCCUUCGACACCCGGGAGGAGCAGAUGGAGCACUACAAGCUUGACUGGCACCGUUUCAACCUGAGGCAGAGACCAUCUGGUAAAACACCAGCCACAGUGGAGGAGUUUGAGAGAAAGACCAGUGGAGGAGACAUGUCUAGCAUCUCAGGUUCUGACUCGGAGGAUGAGGAACCAGACAGUGACUGGGUUGUAGAGAACACCGAGGCUGCUCCUCUACAGAAGGACCACGGUGUUCUAGAAGCGGGAUCCUUCGGUCGCCUCUCCAACCGGGUCGUGUUCCAGAACUGUCAGGGGCAGUACCUGGCUGUCUACCGCUGUGUUCUGCAGAGCAAGUCUGCCAUAGAGGAAGACCUGGUGGCCUCUCUACAAAGUCUCAGUAACAAGACUAUGUGGGUCAUUCUGAUGGCAGGUGGUGGACACUUCGCUGGAGCCGUGUUUCAAGGGAGAGAGGUGUUGCAGCACAAGACGUUCCAUCGGUACACUGUGAGAGCCAAGCGGGGGACAGCCCAGGGUCUGAGAGAUGCUAAGAACAGCAGUCAUGCUCCUAAAUCAGCCGGAGCUGCCCUGAGGCGAUACAACGAAUCUGCGCUCGUCAAGGAGAUCCAGGACUUACUGGAGAGCUGGUCUGACCACCUGACUGACGCCAGUGCCAUCUUCCUGCGGGCGCCCAGCCAUAACAAAACCCUGUUCUUGGGGGGUAAAGCGGCUCCGCUGGUGAAGAAGGACCCUCGGAUCAGAACACUGCCCUUCCCCACACGCAGAGCCACCUUCAGGGAGAUAAAGAGAGUACACGAUAUCCUCUCCACUCUAAAUAUAUAUGGUAAAGACACUGACAUCUCCGACAUCCUGAGUCCCUCUAACAAAGUGUGGAAGAAGGCACGUACACCUGUGGCUCAGCCAGAACCUUCCCAGGAGACAACGGCACCCUUAGUGGAGGAGGAGGAGAGUUCAGGAGAGGAGCUGGAGACGGUGGAGGUGACUCUGGGAACUCUGGACCUCCGGGAGCAUGAGAUCUACCCUGCCAGGAGGAAGAAGAGGAGACGCAGGACAGAGGACAGAGGUCUAAGUAACAGGGAAGCUGUGGGGUCUCCUGCUGCUCCUGAAGACAGUAACCAGGAGAGAGGAGGAGAGAAAAACCAGGGGAGGAGGAAACCCAAGGGGAAGAAGAUGAUACAACAUGAAGAGGAGGAGCCUGAUGAGUCCUGGGACUAUGGCCUGAGGGAUGCUCUCUACACCGCCUGUAAGACUGGAGACCUGGACACCCUCAUCAGACUGUUACCAGUGAGGAGGGGAGAGCAGGGUGGAGAGGAGGGGGACCAGGAUGGACAGAGAAAGGACCAGGAUGGACAGAGAGAGGACCAGGAUGGACAGAGAGAGGACCAGGAUGGACAGAGAGAGGACCAGGGAGACCGGGAUGGACAGAGGGAGGACCAGGGUGCAAAGCAAGAGGGAGAGAAGAAUCAGGGAGAGGUGAAGGAGAGCUGCUCUUCCAAGGCCCCUGCAGCCCAGAGUCCACUAGCCCUACUCAACCAGCCCAAAGACCCUGCAGCCCAGAGUCCACUAGCCCUACUCAACCAGCCCAUAGACUCCUCAGGCUUCACUCUGCUUCACGUGGCCUCCGCAGCAGGGCAGAAAGGAGUGGUCCAGCUGCUGAUGGAUGCAGGCAGCGACCCGGCAUGCAAAGAUCUGACCUGCCAGACUCCCUACAUCGUUGCUCCUGACAAGGACACCAGGAAUGUGUUUAGGAAGUACAUGGCUGAUCACCCUGACAAAUACAACUACAGCAAGGCUCUGGUUCCUGGUCCGCUGACGGCCGAGUUGGAGUCCAAGAAGACGGAGAAGAAAAGGGCUCAGAAAGCGGCCAAGAAAACGAGGGAGAAAGAACAGAAAGAACAGAGGAAGAGACUAGAGAUGGAGGCUGAGGAGAAGAGAAGAUUUGCCUCCUUAAGCGAUCGAGAGAAGAGAGCACAGGCUGCAGAGAAGAGGUUGGCAGAGCAUCAGGCCUCAACAGGGGGAGACCUUUCAAACACCAGGCGGUGUUGGCAGUGUGGGGAGUCCCUGGUGGGAAAGGUUCCGUUUCAGUACCUAGACUUCAGCUUCUGCACCCCUCGCUGUGUCCAGGAGCACCGCAAGGCUAAUGUGGCUAACAGGAGCAGGGCAGGAAACUGACUUUCACUUUCACAACCCUACCAUACUGUUGCCACUUCACUAUAGAAGCCUCAGGCCUACUAAUCUAUUGGUUGGUGGGGACAGAGCACGCAGACCCAGAGACCGAACUGAACCAAGCCACAGACCUCAGUCAAUCUGCAGGGCCCAGUGAUCUUGAUGUUGCCCAUCUGAUAGGAUUAAAAUGCACAGAAAUAGAAUUAAUGUAACAUAUGAAUGGGGACUCCUGUUCUAUUCAUUAUAUUUCUAUGCAUUUAAUCCCAUCAAAUAGACCAAAAUCCAGAUGGAUAACUUUAGAUGAACUCCGAGAUGAGCAGGCUUUGUUACGAUUCAGUUUAACUCAGAAGAUCUGCCUUGUAGCACCGUUGGAAAUCUGAAAGGUAAUUUUCCGAUUUGAGCCUUGAACAUGCAGCGUUUACCGUGAAAGCUGGUUGCCUUUUUAAAUGGAGCUGAUCGUUUCAGGAAAGGAGGCAGAGCUGGGGUCUGAACCGGGUGAACUGGUGUCAAAUGAAAUCACUGUUGGUGUGGAAUGGAAUAAUAAACCAUAUUAAUUCAGCUGAACAUGUGAUGAUGAAACUGUUUAUUCAUGUACACAGUGUUUUUAUGAAAUAGGUAAAUAGUAACGUGCCAAAACAUACAGUAUCUGACAGAAGCACAGCAACUCAUGUUAUUAAAUCAUGUCAAAACAAUGA